ACACUGGCAGCCGCAGAUGACCUGUAUGAGAACAGACUGGUUGGCCUUUAUGUGCACGGCAAGACUAUUUCAGGACUACAGGAGCGCGUCAACAUCACCAUGGUUGUUACUAAGGCCAUUAAUGAUAUAGCAGGGACGGCUGCCUAACCCUGUGGGAAAGAGGUCAGGGUCACAUCACCUGCUCCUGUGACCACCUCACAUACUUCGGUGUGCUCGUGGUGUCUGCUUCCAUCUCCCCUAGAGACCAGGAGAUCCUGACAUACAUCAGUCAGAUUGGCUGUGGUCUUUCUCUCUUUGCCCUGGUCACCGCUGUUUUCAUCUUCAUCACAAACAGAACGGUCAGGGCAGAUGUCUCCAUGAAGAUCCACAUCAGUCUGGCCGUUGCCCUGAUCCUCCUCAACCUGCACUUCCUCCCCAGCCAGACAGUGGCGGCGCAGGCCUCCACUGGGCUUUGCAUUUACAUGGCUCUUUCCCUUCACUACUCCCUGCUGGCCACUUUCGCCUGGAUGGCGUUGGAGGGGUUCCACGUCUACAUCCUACUAGUGCGAGUCUUCAAUAUCUAUGUCAAGAGAUACCUGCUCAAACUCAGUGUGGUGGGAUGGGGUAUUCCUGCAGUCAUCGUGUCCCUGGUGGCCGUCAUAGACAGAGGAGCAUAUGGUCGUGUUGCCCUGGACUCAUCUAACCCCAAUAGCACUUUAAUAUGCUAUAUAACCAAUGACACAGUAAAGGUCGUGACCACAGUGGGAGCAUUUGGCUUGGUGUUCAUCUUUAACAUGAUCAUGUUUGGGGUGACAGUCAUACGUGUUAUGAGUCUCCGGCCUAUCAAAGAGCAUGGGCAGAGUGACCGUGACAGAGCCAAGCGAGACAUCUGCACCCUGCUGGGGGUCUCCACUCUGCUCGGCAUCACCUGGGGCCUGGUCUUUUUCUCGUUUGGCUACCUGACGGUUGCCGGCCUCUACACCUUCUGCAUCCUGAACUCACUGCAAGGCGUCUUCAUCUUGCUGUGGUUUGUGAUGUCUCUGAAAAAGUACAGAAGCUCAGCUACAGCGACGAGCAGCGUAACACGCAGCACCAAUAGCUAAGGCCGGACUCGGCUCAUAGUAUCAAGAUGUGCGUGCGUGUGUGUGUGUCGCGAUAUCUAAUGUAAGUGAAUAUUAAAUGUAAAAAUAUA